UCUGGUAGCAAUAUAGAAGUAUCAUAUAUAUGCAUGGUGCGUAUAUGAAAAGAUACCUUAAGUGUCCUGUGAUUGAGAACAUUUUCAUAGAAACGAAUAUUUACUUGAAGAAUUAAAUUGUCUAGAUUAAGUAUUGACAGAUUUAUAAAAAUGUGUGAUAUUUUUGAUAAUAAUGAUGGACAACUUCCCCAUGAUCUUGGUGAUGAUGUUGUUCAAGAAGUUCUCAAAACAGGCACAGACUUACGUCAAUACUCUAGGCAAAUCGAGAAGGAACUCAAGGAAGUUGAGAAUAAGUCAAUCCAAGACUAUAUAAAAGAAAGCCAAAAUAUUGCUAGUUUGCAUAAUCAGAUAGCUGCUUGUGAUAAUAUAUUAGAGAAAAUGGAAUCGAUGUUGAUGAACUUUCAGUCAGACUUAGGAAAUAUCAGUUCUGAGAUACUGUAUUUGCAACGCAAAUCUGUCUCUAUGCACCAGCAAAGGUCUAACAGACAGGUUAUACUUCCAUAUCUUAGUCAAUUCAUUGAGGACAUGACUGUGUCUGAAGCCCUGAUUGCUGGUAUUAUGGAUUGUUCUGUAACUGAUAAGGAAUUUUUGACACAACUAGAGAUUCUCAAUCAUAAAAUUAACUUUGUAAAGGAGCAAAGUUUUAAGGAGACAAAAUCUUGUUUAGAUGUGAAGGAUAUAUUAGAGAAACUAAAAAUAAAGGCAAUGGCAAAAAUUAGGACCUACUUAUUGGAGCAAAUUUAUAAAUUUAGGAAACCCAUGACAAAUUAUCAAGUGCCACAGAAUAACAUGCUGAAAUACAAAUUUUUCUUUGAAUUUAUUAUGGCAAAUGACAGAGCUGUGGCAGAAGAAAUUUGUGGAGAGUAUAUCGAUACUAUGAGCAAAAUAUAUUAUUCAUAUUUUAAAUCUUAUUCGUCAAGGUUGAUGAAAUUACAGUUUGAGGAAAGACCAACAAAAGAUGAUUUAAUGGGAGUUGAAAACACAUCAAGCAGAGGAUUAUUUCAUAAAACAACUUUAAAGCACAAAGGAACAGUUUUUUCUAUAGACACAAGAGGCGAGGUUUUAACUUCUCAAUUAACAGCACCCAUUAUUGUGCCACAUUCUGCUUCCAAGACACCAUAUCAUUACGAAGCACUGUUCAGAAGCGAGCAGUAUGCUGUGGCUGAUAAUGCUUGCAGAGAGUAUUUAUUUCUGACUGAUUUCUUCAAAGUUUGUAAAACACAAGCAUUGGAUAUUUUCAAUCGGGUCAUGGGAAAGACGUUAGAACUCUUAAUAAGAAAUUUAAAGUCGUAUGUCGAUGACUGUUACGAUACUAUUGCUCUGUUUCUCUGCUUGCAUCUGGUUAUGCGCUAUCAGUUGAUGUGUCACAAACGAGCCGUACCAGCAUUGGAUAAAUACUGGGAUGAUUUGACAAACAUAAUCCGGCCUAGAUUUGAAUAUGUAUUUCAAUUGAACAUAAAGAGUAUAAAAGAUUGCGAUCCGGUCAACAAAGAGACCGGUCCUCAUUAUAUUACCAGAAGAUACGCAGAAUUUAGCGCAGCUAUGGUAAGUGUAAUGCACGAAGGAUAUCCUUGCGAAGGAGCAACUCAAUUGCUGGCAGAACUGAGAGAAGCUAUACGAUGCUUUUUACUAAGAAUGGCAGGCAUUUUCCCGAAUCGGACGCAGCAACUAGUCUUUCUUAUCAAUAAUUACGAUGUAGUACUUGGAGUAUUAAUGGAAAGAACGCGUGAUAAUUCGAAGGAAGCGGAAAGUUUUCGGGAGUACUUAGAGGCGCAUUCCUCCGAAUAUGUCGAAGAGAUUUUGAGUCCGCACUUCGGCGGUAUAAUUCAGUUGGUAAAAGAAUCGGAAGCUUUGAUUGAGAAGGGUCAGGCUGACGAUUUGAAACGACAGGAGGGAAAAGCGUUGGCAUUAGUGCAAUCAUUUACGAAUAAUUGGAAACGGGCGCUAGAAGAAAUACACAAGGAAGUGUUAUCUUCAUUUCCCAAUUUGGUACUCGGCAGCGGAUUGAUGCAGCGCACAGUGGCGCAAUUGAUACGCUAUUACCAACGUCUGCACAAGAUUCUACCGCAGAACGCGCGCACGCAACUCACGAAUAUUCAUCACAUAACGUCAGAGAUCAAGAAAUACAAGACAAAUUAUUAAUCAUCUUAUUGUAAAAUAAAUAGAUUACCAUUGAUCAAAAAUUCUUUUUUUUCCGCAGAAACGAGUAUCCGCGAAUUAAAAAUGGCUGAUCGCAUAAAGAAAAGUAUUGAAAUAUAUAUGUACUCUGAUUAUAUGUAUAUAGUUUAAGGAAGUCGGAUAACAU